CCUACAUAGCUAUGGAUAAUAUGACCAACAACGCUAGCACCAGCAGCUCUUGGGAUCUUGAGAGGACUAUGGGGAACCAUCUCCUGUUUGAUCAUGCUCCCUUGGAAUUGAUCCAUCCCAUCGAUCCAUUUCAGGCUCAUGUCCCUUCUCCAAGCUUACCUGCAGCAGCCCAAAUGGAAGUCCAAAGCAACGUGGAAGGAGGAGAGCAUGAGGAGGAUGAAGAGGAAAGGUUGGGAGCAAUGAAGGAGAUGAUGUACAAGAUCGCAUCCAUGCAGCCGGUGGACAUCGACCCCUCGACGAUCAAGAAGCCCCAGCGACGGAAUGUACGGAUCAGCGACGACCCGCAGAGCAUCGCCGCCCGCCACCGGAGGGAGAGGAUCAGCGAGAGGAUCAGGAUCCUCCAGCGGCUGGUCCCGGGGGGCACAAAGAUGGACACUGCAUCGAUGCUCGAUGAGGCGAUACGGUACGUCAAGUUCCUCAAGAGGCAGGUGCACGAGCUCCAAUCCAGCUCCCCACCACCACAUAUCGCACAAGUUAUCGCCGGCCAUCCAGCCAGCUCCAUGGACUGGCCUGUGAGGUGGAACCCUCAUGCCUCAUCUUCCUCCUCCACCAUGGGAGCUCCUCCUGAAUUAGGGUUUGGUUUCGAUGGUCCCAGCGGCCACCGGAUGAACUGAGAUCGUAGAGAUAAUUAGCAUUCAUGGACUAAUGGUGGCUUCAAGCAAAGUGUAGUGGAAAAUUCUAUGUUAUGCUUG